AUGAAAAUAAAAGAAGAAGAAAAAAUUUUAAUUGAUAUCUAUAAAGUAUUAAAUAUGUCUACUCUUGUAAGAAGAAAAUUAAUCAGAAGUAAUUUAUAUACUAGCUUUAACCAAUCACCACAAGAAGUUAAAAUAAUAAAGCAAAAAACUUUUCUUCUUCCACAAAAAGUUGAUGAUAAGCUUACUAUUGUUUUUGAUUUAGAUGAAACACUUAUUCAUACUCAUGUAACUUCACAAAAUCUUAGUGAUGAUUUAAUUACAAUAGAGUUUCAAGGAAAACAAUAUUUUGUUUCAGUACGUCCUGGUGCUCGAGAAUUAUUAAAAAGCCUGGCAGGGAAAUAUGAAUUAAUAUUAUUUACUGCAUCAACUGAAGGUUAUGCAACUCAGAUAAUCAAUAAUUUAGAAAGAGAUGGACAAAUAUUUGAUUAUAAACUGUAUUGUCAUAAUUGUAAAGAAAAAUUUGGACAACUCUUUAAAGACGUUCACAAAUUAGGAAGAGACCUUGAUAGAGUUUUAAUAUUUGAUGACAGUACUAUUGUUUGGACAACAUCUGAGAAUUUAUUUGUUUGUAAACGUUAUGAAGGAGGGAAUGAAGAUAAUGAAAUUGAAACAAUAAAAAAGGUUAUUGAAGAAUUUAAACGAACAAGGAGUUCUCAAAGUGUUGUCAGGUUUAUUUUAUAA